AUGUCGAGCCGUCAGCUACGUAAGCUGCAAAAGCAGCGGGAGCUCGAACAGCUCCAAGAAGCCCAGGCUACCGCAGACGAAUCCAGCGAAGAGGAACCCGAGCCCGCGCCCAUCAAGCCCCGGCAGAGCUUGUUUGCAGCUCUGGGCGGCGGCGACAACGAUGAAGAUGACGACGAGAAGUCAGAUGAUGCGCAAGAGGAACCUGAGCCCGAGCCUGAAGUAGUGCCGCAACCUGCGAAGAAGAAGAACAAGAAGAAGAAGAAGAAGGCCAAGAAGGCUGUGGCGGAGGACGAACCCCCCAAACCAGCAGGUGAUAACGAAGAUGAGAUUGAUCGGGCUCUUCAGGAGCUCAAUCUGGCGCGCAAUGCAAGCUCUACUGCCGAGGACAAUCUCGCGCAAAAGAGCCGCGACAUCGACGACUUGUUGCAGAUCAACACCCAGUACCUGAGAGCGAUCAACGAGAUGCGAGCUCUCUUCGGAAAGGAUGCCAUUCAGGCUGCUCAAGAUGAGGAGAGAGCCGAGCAGGAAGCGGCGCGCCGACAAAGAGGUCCGACUCAGCAAGUUGAUCUAGAGACGGCGCUUCGAGGAGACCCGCGCAAGAAGCUGCCCGAAAUAUCGCUGCGACGCAACGUGUUCAUCCAAGGCAAGGAGACGUGGCCUCGCGCUACUGCUGUGGGCCUGGUCAUGAAAGAGAUCAGGAAGGGCACCGACGGUCUUACCGAGUUCGCUUUUGUUCACGAGAAGGCCUAUGACAAUGUUCAGAUCAUGUUCUUCAGCUGCGUUCAGCUUGGUGACCCCAUGCAGAUGGUCCAGCUGUUGAUACGGUAUCCCUAUCACAUCUCGACCUUGCUCCAGGUAAGCAAGGUGGCUAUUCAGGACCAGAAUCAGUCACUGGCCGCAGACCUCUGCGAGCGAGCGCUCUUCACAUUCGGCCGAUCCACGACAUCCGCCUUUAGACAGAAAUUGGAACAGGGCAAGGCUCGACUGGACUUCCGCCGUCCCGAAAAUCGCGAACUCUGGUUGGCAGGAUAUACGUAUCUCAAGAGUCUCAUGCGGAAGGGAACAUAUAGGACGGCCCUCGAAUGGGCAAAGCUUCUCUUCAGCCUCAACCCGAACGAUCCCUACGGCAUGAAAUACUUCAUUCACACCCUCGCAAUCCGAGCACGCCAAGCGCAGUGGCUCAUCGAAUUUCUCAACACUGGCGAAUUUGUGGCGGAUGAGACGGACGACACCUACAUCAAACAGACUAUGGUCCUCGCCAAGCUUCAGGUGGGCGACACUGAGGGAGCGAAGAUCGCCGCAGUGGCCGGCAUGGAGCGUUUGCCGUGGCUGUACUGUGCUAUCUUCCAGGCGCUGAACCUGGAAGCGCCGCCUCCUUUGUGGGGAGUUCAACCCGAUACGGACGAGCGCGAAUUCUGGACGAAGCUGUAUGUUCACCAGGCCAAGGACAUUUGGAACAACACGCAAGCAAUCGACUUGCUCAAGGAGGCCGUCAAGGUUGCGAAGAAGCCGACGCAGGCGCUCCCGGAGGAUAUGCCGGCAACAACCCGUACGGCCAGAUGGACGUGGCUGGAGGACACCCCGGCCUUGUUGAGCGGCAUCCCAAGGGCAAUUCUCAACCAAGAGCCAAACUAUGCAUUCGAUCCGCUCCCACCUCGGGAAGAGGAGAACAUCUUUUCGAGCCAAGGAGUGCAGAUGCCGUGGCGGCAGGAGGGCGGGCACAGUGGACCUAUGCUCGCACAGGAACGAGCGCUACUCAAUAUGCUUCGCAGACAGCAUCAACGAGCCGAGGCCCGGGGAGCUGGAGCCGGCGCGGCCGCAGGAGCUGGUGCUAUGGCAGGAAUGGGAGGGAUGAUGGGUGCGUUCCCCGAAGACGACGACGGUGAGGCUGGUAAUGGCGACUUUGGUGACGCAUGGGAAGGAGCGUUCUCUGAUGGGGAGGACGGCGACGACGACUUCAUGGAGGGAGAAGGAGGGCAGCCCCCUUCGGCCGGCGUGGUGCAGCGACUUGCUGAUUUGCUGGCGUCUAUGAUACCUGGCGGUUGGCCGGCUGAGCCAACCUUUGAUGAGGAGGAGGAAGGCACAGAUGACGAAAUGCCGCCUCUGGUCGACGGCGAUGAGGCUGCUGGUCGUGAUGAGGCACGUCAACAGCCUGGGGCAAACUAG